CGUUCCCAUCUGUCUCACGGCCACGCGCAAAAGGGCGCGUCCGUGAAUUGUUUCAAGUGUGCGAGACCGAAGGACUGCAUCACUGCUCAUUCAAUUUCUCCCCAGACGCCGACUAGCACAGAGAUACAACCAUGGCCUCCGGAGUUACAGUUGAUGAAGUCGUGUUGACGGUCUUCAACGAUAUGAAGGUCCGCAAGGCUCAGGCCAGUGAGGAAGAGAGGAGGAAGAGGAAGAAGGCCGUUCUCUUCUGUCUGAGCGAGGACAAGAAGCGGAUCAUUAUGGAGGAGGGCAAAGAGAUCCUUCAGGGAGACGAAGGAGAUCCUUACCUUACGUUUGUCAAGAUGCUUCCAUCUGACGACUGUCGCUAUGCUCUGUAUGAUGCCACAUACGAGACAAAAGAGACCAAGAAGGAAGACCUGGUUUUCAUUUUCUGGGCCCCGGAAAAUUCCCCAUUAAAAAGUAAGAUGAUCUACGCCAGUUCCAAGGAUGCCAUUAAAAAGAAGUUCACAGGUAUUAAGCACGAGUGGCAAGUGAACGGUCUGGAAGAUAUCAAAGACCGAAAGACCCUUGCUGAAAAGCUUGGCGGAGCAUCAGUGAUCACUCUCGAGGGGUUGCCUCUGAACGAUUGAGGCUGACACAUUUCAGGGGUUAGCGGUUCAUUCCAACAUAGGUGGGGCAGAUGGGCUAGCACAACUGUUGUGGGGCCACUGGGUGGGUAAUUGUGGGUGGGGAGGGUUGAGUAAAAGUGACAGUUUACAAACUCCACACAUGCAGGAAAAUGUAGGCUGUCAUUCCAGUUCACACAUACAAUGAACAAAAACACAAAAAAGAAAAAAGAUCUUAAGACGAAGAUGAAGGACGAUUAUAAAAACAAAGUAAUAUAACUGUAAAUGUGUAUGGACAGGUUUUUGUUCUUUCUGGGUUCCCUUAGAUUGUUGAAAGGAAUAAGACGGCAGACAUUACAUUACAGCUAUUCAAUCCUGCGACAUACUGUUUGUUCAACAAUUACAGCUUUUUUUUUGCCAACCUACUUGUUCAGUUUUCUAAGUAUGUAUGUGUUGAGACUAGGUGUAGUACAAAACAAUUUACUCCAAAAUCACAACGUAUUGGACCAUUCUGAGAACACGGUUAUCCCCCUGUUUUAUUUUGAGCUCACAAGUUGUUUUAAUGCAAUUCCAUCCAAUUUAUAUAUUUCCAAAUGUAAUUCAAAACCAUGGCACUGGUGUCAAAAAAGUGAACACAUUCCUUAUACCUGUAAAAUCUGGGACCUGGAGGGUGAGCGGUCUGUGGAUGAAUUGGAUUGAGUGAAGGUCGCGGAUCAGGUUAGAUGGGGAGCGAUAGGUUUGGACAGCCUGUGUACAGAGCUUUGAUGGAUAUUGGUCAGUGGAUGUUUUGUAUCGUCUCCUUAUCUCUAAUAAAAAAGCACUAAACAAC